AUGACUUCCCGACUCAUGCCUUCGGCCACUCUUGGCCGGCGCUUGCUGCGCGGCCCUGUCCCCAGCACCUUGCGACGCCUCGCCUUUACUUCGACUAGGGGCCCGGUUCCUGCUGCCCUCCAGCGUCGCACGUUCACCUCCUCAAAGCUGGGAUACCAGCAGGCCAACUCGCCGGCCUUCCACUCGCAAUUGGAGGAUCCAGCCGCCGCCGCUAUCUUCUCGUCCAUGCAAUCCGCCAAGGCUGUUCCCCAGACCUUGACCGAGAAGAUCGUCCAGAAAUACUCCGUCGGCCUUCCCGAAGGAAAGUACGUGCAGUCCGGCGACUAUGUUACCAUUGCACCCCACCGCUGUAUGACCCACGACAACUCAUGGCCUGUGGCCUUGAAGUUCAUGUCCAUCGGAGCGUCUGAGAUCAAAGACCCCAACCAGGUCAUUAUGACUCUCGAUCACGACGUGCAGAACAAGACCGAGAAGAACCUCCAGAAAUACCAACAGAUUGAAGAUUUCGCCAAGCUUCACGGAGUCGAAUUCUACGGCGCUGGGCGAGGUAUUGGACACCAGUUGAUGGUGGAGGAAGGCCAUGCUUGGCCUGGAACGCUCUGCGUGGCCAGUGAUAGUCACUCGAACCACUAUGGUGGUAUCGGAGCAUUGGGUACACCUAUUGUCCGCACGGAUGCAUCUUCUGUUUGGGCAACCAAGAAGACUUGGUGGGCCAUUCCUCCCGUGGCCAAGGUUACCUUGAACGGUGUUCUCCCUACCGGUGUGACCGGAAAGGACCUUAUCGUCGCUCUUUGUGGAAUUUUCGGAAAGGACGAUGUUCUCAAUCACGCCAUUGAGUUCACUGGCUCCGAGGAAACCAUGCGUAGCCUUCCCAUCGAUUACCGCCUGACAAUCGCCAACAUGACCACCGAAUGGGGUGCGCUGUCUGGUUUAUUCCCCAUGGAUGACGUGUUGAAGUCUUGGAUGACCGCCAAGGCCACACUUGGAGCCAUGGGUUUGGGUGCCGGUGACGGUACCUACAAGACUCUGGCAAGCCAGAACUUCACCCACGCUGCCAUUGAAGAGCUCUUCGCGAACCCCCUGACUGCCGACAAGGGAGCCAAAUACGCCAAAGAGCUGUUCAUCGACCUUUCCUCGCUUACCCCCUACGUCUCUGGCCCCAACUCAGUCAAGGUGGCUACUCCUCUGAGCGAAUUGGAAGCUGCCGACAUCAAGGUCAACAAGGCUUACCUCGUGUCCUGCACCAACUCUCGCGCUUCUGAUAUCUGCGCCGCCGCGCAGGUCUUCAGAGAAGCCACUGAGAAGAACGGCGGCCAAGUUGCCAAGAUCGCGGAGGGCGUUGAGUUCUAUAUCGCUGCCGCUUCCAUCCCCGAGCAACGUGCUGCCGAGGAGGCUGGUGAUUGGCAGGUCCUGCUUGAUGCAGGUGCCACCACUCUCCCUGCUGGAUGUGGUCCCUGCAUCGGUCUCGGCACUGGUCUCCUUGAGCCCGGCGAGGUUGGCAUCAGUGCUUCCAACCGUAACUUCAAGGGCCGCAUGGGAUCCAAGGACGCUCUUGCCUACCUUGGCAGUCCCGAGGUCGUGGCUGCGAGUGCCCUGAGUGGAAAACUCAGUGGCCCUGGCUGGUACAAGACCCCUGAAGGCUGGGAUGGUGUCAAGUUCGGCGAGGGCGAUGGCAUCCGCGAGGAGGACCGUAUGCUCACCACCGAGGAGGCCCUUGAGAAGCUGCUUGGGCAGAUGGACGACAUCGUGGCCGAUGGUGAGAAGCGUUUCGCCCCUGAAGGUACCGCCGAGGUUGAAGAGGUUGUCUCUGAUGAUGCUUUGACCGAGCUCUACCCCGGCUUCCCCGAGAGCGUCUCCGGUGAGAUCGUCUUCUGUGAUGCCGACAACGUCAACACUGAUGGUAUCUACCCCGGCAAAUACACAUACCAGGACAACGUCUCAGAAGAGACAAUGGCGCAGGUCGUCAUGGAGAACUACGAUGGCGAGUUUGCCAAGAUCGCCAAGCAAGGCGACAUCCUUGUCUCCGGCUACAACUUCGGUUGUGGUAGCUCCCGCGAGCAGGCUGCCACUGCCAUCCUCGCCAAGAAGAUCCCUCUGGUUGUCUCCGGCAGCUUCGGUAACAUCUUCUCCCGCAACAGUAUCAACAACGCCUUGAUGGGUCUGGAGGUCCCUCGCCUGAUCAGCCGUCUGCGUGAGAACUUCAGCGCUGGUGACAAGGCUCUGACUGUCCGCACUGGGUGGACUUUAACUUGGGAUGUUCGCCGCAGCCGCAUCGAGGUCCAGGAGGGCCCCAACGGCCCCAAGUGGACCCACAAGGUUGGUGAGCUCCCUCCUAACGUGCAGGAGAUCAUCGCCAAGGGUGGUCUUGAGAAGUGGGUUAAGAACGCCAUUGGUGCCUAA